CCAUUGUAGACGACCCUUUACCGUCUCUCUUGAUGUUGCGCAAUUUAUAGAAGUAUAUCAGUGACUAAAUCUAUUAUUUAUAACAAGAUGAGUAAUAAUGUAUCACUUGACUAACAUACUUAUCAGAUAUGAUAUCAAAGAGUAUCCAAAUGGUAUCAUGGUAAAAUAGUAUAUUGUCUGUCAAAAAUGUUGGUGCAAUAUAUGCACAACUUGCACAUGUUCAAAUACGGAAUCACUUAUCAACUGUCAUGGCAAACACCUAAAAACCAAUGAACUUCUGAACUACGAACUUCUCACUUUGGACCAGCAUCAACUGCUGAACAAACUUAUUCUUUCAAAAAACGACAUAGCAGUUCUACCUACGAAUGAGUUAAAAAACCUGAAACAAUUAAAAAUGUUGGAUCUGUCUGAAAACCAACUGGAGAGUGUACAUUCUGAUGUUUUGAAAUACUUAAGUGAUCUCGAGGAGUUGGAUUAUUCACACAAUUUAAUACGAAAUUUUGAUCUUUCUGUCCUGAAUACAGUUCUCUCCAAGUUUAAUUUAAGUUACAAUCAGAUUAACAACCUGGAGAAUAGUUUAGAAAGAACGAAGAAGUUUACAAGAACAAAGUUGAAAAUUUUUGAUGUAUCUCACAACAAUCUUUCUGAUCUGAACUUCCUGAAUACUUUGCCGGAGGUUCAAUACUUGGAUCUUUCUUUCAAUAAACUCAGCGCUCUCUCCGAUUCAUUAUUUCAUUUGAAACAUUUGGAAGUUCUUCACAUCGAUAACAAUCAGCUUCUUUUUCUGAAGUUUCAACAUCUUCCGCUAUCACUGUUAGAACUAAACGUCGGAAACAAUUUUAUCAACACCUUAUCUCUCUCAUUCCAAAAAUCAUUUAUAUAUACUUUAAAUAUUCAAAAUAAUCAAAUUUUUGAAAUACACAAAAACUUAUCAUCACUGACUAAAUUAAAACAUUUGAAUAUUAGCGGGAACUUACUAUCAAAUUUUCCUGAUAUUUCUUUGGAACAAUUGGAAGUACUGGACUUAUCCUUCAAUAAUAUAACGAUAAUUCCUAAAACUGUUUCCAUAAACAACUUUCCGAAUCUACGAAUUUUGAAAGUCAACGGAAAUUGUUUGAAAGAUAUAACACUUCGAUCUAAAUUGGAAUUAGAAAGUUUUGAAGCAAACUUUGUGGAGACGAUUGAAAAAAUUGAUGAAAACGCAUUUUUAAUGUUGAAAGAGAAGAACGAUUGUAUAAAUGUGACUAUUUCGAAUAACGUAAAAUUGAGCAGCAUCGCGGAAAACGUUUUUCAUCAUAUGAAUAUUUGUUCUUUAGAUUUGAGUAACAAUCACUUUACAUAUUUAUCGUUCGAGCUAUUUAAAACACAUGUUUAUGGCAAAAACUUUUCGAACGCAAGAUAUCUCAUUAAUCUACAAAAGAAUCCAUUUAUUUGCGAUUGUUCGCUGCAAUGGAUGUUAGACGAGUUAGUCCCAAAACUUUACACGAUACAGCCAAGUCUUUUGGAAGAUUUAAAGUGUGCUGGUCCAUCUCCGUUGAUGAACAAAAGAUUAAUUCAUUGGUAUAAGUGGAAAGAAAAAGUAUUUUGCGAUGAUUUCUCGCAUUAUGCGGAAAAAAUGGCUGUCAAUGUUACUGCCGUUUCUAACAAACAAAUUGUAACGUUUGAAUCGAGUCACGCGAUGAUUGCUGUUUUGGCUGCAGCAACUGCUCUACUCGCAGUUUUAACGAUGGUUGGCGUUUUGUUGACUCGAAGAAUUGCUGAAAAGCGAAGGCGAGCCAAUCGUAGGUUUUAAGAACAACGAAGUUUAAUACAUUAUUAUUUGUCUUGUACGGAGUAAGAUAAGCGAUGUAAUAACAACAAUGUAAAGUUGUUAAUAAAAAUAUUUUUUGUUUUU